AUGUUUGCGCUCGCGCAGCUUGAGAAUGAACGUUGCAUUCGUUCUCUUCGUGACGAGCUGGCUGCAGCUCAUCAGGACAUCGCUCAACUGCGUGAGCAGGUCAUUUCGCUAGUCGACCAGACUGGCUCGUUGAAACGGGACCACUCGAAGGUGGUCUCGGCUCUCGACCGCGGAGGUGUUCUUCGCAUCUCGAAACGGGCUCGUACUGAUAGUACGGACGGAGACGCCCAACGCAAUACGCAGGAUGCGUACGCAUCAUUAGAGGCAGUUCAUUCGUAUUUACUGUAG